UCACCACCUAGCCAAAAUCAAGUGUCAGACACUUAACCAAGGUGCCCCCAAAAAUAUUUUUAUAAUACUUUCUGUCACUAACAGAAUCUAAGAUUAUCAUGCUUUUAAAAUAACUCAUUCUACAUGAAUUAUAAUUUAUUAAGUUAAUUAAGUAAUUAAAUAAAAUGACAGGGUAUUUAAGGAGGGGAAAUCCCAUAUGUGCCAAGAUAAACGGCACUCCACUUAAUAUACUAAUUGUAACCAACAAACUGGUUAACUGUAUCUCAGUUAACUUACUGUAUCAGGGCAAUUACAAUAGCUGCACACUGUGCUGGAACCCAUUUUAUAAAUACGUUUCUUCUCUUUAUGAUAUAUGAAUAGACAAGGCCUGAGGCACCCUUUGUUCACAGAUUAAAAUGUUUUAAAUCAAGAUUUCCUAUCCACCCCCCACCCCGCAGUGAGUUGGUUGAAGAAUAUAGUAUCUGGGAUACAAAGGAUGAAUGUGCUAAGAAGCAAACAUAAAAUAUAGAUAUCUAUCUAACAAAGUAAGCUUAAACUUAAACCCUUUAUCUUAACAAAAUAUUAUGAUUUUUAUUCACUUGAUUUUGUCUUUAUAUUAUCCUGCUAAUAGUCAAGUAGAGUAAUCAAAUCCUAUACCCUUCAGUUUCCUUAUUGGUAAAACCCCUUUCAUUUACUCUCCAAGUCUAUUACUUGGAGAGAAGAGAAUCAAAUUCUAAUACUUUUUUAUUCCUUCUGAAUUUAAUGUGGGUUCACACUGUAAAAGGAUUCAUAACAAAUCAAGAUGCCUCUUCAUUCAACUAUAUUACUAUUUGUACCAGUGUAGCGACAUAGAAACUUUCCUUUGAAAAAUAGUCUCCCUGAGACCUUGUGAUACAGAACACCUUAACAAGCUUUUGCAUCAUCAUUAAUUCCUCACAUACUUGGAAAUAAACAAAUGUAACUAUUAUGAAUUAUAAUUUUAUGAGAAUUUAUCUCCCCUGGUUAGAUUAUGCAAAGGGAAAAUGGAAUUCUUUGAAGUUACACUGAUUAGAAUGUGGGGAGAUCAGUGUAUCCUCCUGCUUUGUGCUCACAAUUACUCUAGCUCAUGCAAUAUAAUGAAGUAACCUUAUAUAUUAUGCAAUUGGAUGGAAUAACAAGGUUUGUAAAAGUUAUAUACACCUUAAAAAAUAGUUUACAUUUGGACCCUUAAAAAAAUAUGCUUUGACUUGAAAAUAUUAAUUUCCCAAUCAAGACGCAGGGUGGCGCUGCAGGCUAAGACUGUGAAUAAAGAGCUGUAAAAAGCUCCGUAUUCCUUUGUUGCAAAAAGGAAUCAAAUACACGGAAGAAGCUUUGCCAGCCAUACUGGGUUACCAGCGAGUUUGGGCUGCGAUAAACGAAUUUAAGAUUAAAGGCAACUUUAUGAGGAUUCUACCAAACAAGAAACCAGAAUUUAGUAUCUCCAGUUUUUUUGUGGUUGCUACGAAGGUUUGGAUGUAAGCGCCCGGACUCCAACAUGAAGACGCCAGAGAGAAUUCAACCAAACAGGCAAGUGGUGGCCUUUAUUUUGAUGGUGUUCUUGUCCCAGGCUUGCCCUGAGCCUAUUCGUUAUUCUGUGAUAGAAGAAACAGAGAGUGGCUCCUUUAUAGCCCAUCUGGCCAAAGAUCUGGGCCUGGGAAUUAGGGAACUGACCGCUAGGUCAGCCCGGGUGGUGUCUGACGAUGACAAGCAGCGCUUGCAACUGGAUCGUCAGACUGGAGAUUUGCUUUUGAGGGAGAAAAUAGACCGGGAAGAACUAUGUGGCUCUGUUGAACCGUGUGUACUGCAUUUCCAAGUGUUGCUGGAAACGCCGGUGCAAUUUUUUGAAGGAGAAUUAUCAAUCCAGGACAUAAAUGACCACUCCCCAGUAUUCCCGACUGGGGAAAUGCUCUUGAAAAUACCGGAGAACAGCCAGCCAGGGACUCUGUUUCCGUUGAAAUUAGCUCAGGAUUUGGAUGUGGGUAGCAAUGGCCUUCAAAAGUACACUAUCAGCCCCAAUUCUUAUUUUCAUGUUCUAACUCGAAAUCAUAGUGAGGCCAAGAAAUACCCAGAUUUGGUGCAGGACAAAGCGCUGGAUCGAGAGGAGCAGCCUGCGUUCAGCUUAACCCUCAUAGCACUGGAUGGUGGAUCUCCACCUAAGUCUGGCACCAUCACAGUGCGAAUCCUGAUCACAGACGUCAAUGACAAUGCUCCAGAGUUUGUGCACACCCCAUAUGAAGUACAGGUCUUGGAAAACAGCUCCUUAGAUUCCCCAGUACUUAGUGUCUCAGCUAAAGAUAUAGAUUCUGGAAACUUCGGGAGUGUUUCCUACGGCUUUUUCCAAGCAUCAGAUGAAAUUAAACAAACUUUCUCAAUUAAUGAAGUCACAGGAGAAAUCCGACUGACAAAGAAAUUGGAUUUUGAACACAUUAAAUCUUACCACGUAGAAAUUGAGGCCAUAGAUGGCGGAGGCCUUUCUGGAAAAGGCACUGUAGUCAUACAUGUGGUGGAUGUGAACGACAAUGCCCCUGAGCUUACAAUAUCUUCACUCACCAACUCCAUCCCAGAAAAUGCUCCUGAGACUGUAGUGUCUAUCUUCAGAAUUCGAGAUAGAGACUCUGGAGACAAUGGCAAGAUGAUUUGCUCUAUUCCAGAUAAUCUGCCGUUCCUUCUGAAACCGACUUUCAAGAAUUUCUACACGCUGGUAACGGAGAGUCCCCUCGACAGAGAGAGCAGAGCCGAAUACAACAUCACUAUCACCGUCACUGACUUGGGGACCCCCAGGCUGAAAACGCAGCACGACCCCUCCCCACAAACAUACCAACUCAUUUCUAAGGAUUCGGUUUCUGCCAUUUCUGAGAACUGCUUGAGGCCGAGUGAACGUGGUUUUGAAAGAUUGUUUAAACGAAGAAUGGAGGCCAGAGUGAUGCCUGAAGUGCAGAAAAGGCAAGUGUUUUUUCUUUGUGUAUUUCUGGGAAUGUCUUGGGCUGGCACAGAACCGCUUCGGUAUUUUGUGGCGGAGGAGACGGAGAGAGAGACCUUUCUGGCCAACCUAGCAAAUGAUCUGGGGUUGGGGGUGGGGGAACUGUCAGCUCGGGGAUCUAGAGUCAUUUCAGAUGAGAACAUACGAUUUUUACUAUUCAAGCCGCUUACUGGUGAUUUACUUCUAAAUGAGAAAUUAGACCGAGAGGAACUGUGUGGGCCCAGAGAGCCGUGUGUGCUACCUUUCCAGUUGUUACUUGAAAAGCCUUUUCAGAUUUUCCGUGCUGAACUAUGGGUCAGAGACAUCAACGAUCAUUCUCCAGUAUUUCUAGAUAGAGAGACUACCUUGAAAAUAUUAGAAAGUACCACUCCAGGGGCAACAUUUCUCCUAGAAAGUGCACAGGAUUCAGAUGUUGGAAUCAACAACCUGAGAAACUACACCAUCAGCUCCAAUGCCUAUUUCCAUAUUAACGUCCGUGAUAGUGGGGAGGGGAAUGUUUAUCCUGAAUUGGUCCUGGAUGCAGUGCUGGAUCGUGAAAAGGUUUCUGAGCUCAAUUUAACCCUCACAGCCUUGGAUGGCGGGUCUCCGCCCAGAUCCGGGACUGCCCUCAUACGCAUCCUGGUUUUGGACAUAAAUGAUAACAUCCCUGAAUUUGUACAGUCCCUCUACAAGGUGCAGGUGCCUGAAGACAGCCCUGUUGGCUCCCUGGUUGUCGCUGUGUCAGCUAGAGAUUUAGAUACCGGAACUAAUGGAGAAAUAGUCUAUGCAUUUUUUUAUGCCACUGAAGUAAUUCUCAAAACAUUUCGAAUCAAUUCAACAUCUGGCAAGCUUUAUCUUAAAGCCGAAUUGAACUACGAGGCAAUACAAACUUAUACAUUAACUAUUCAGGCAAAAGAUGGCGGAGGGCUUUCUGGAAAAUGUACAGUGGUGGUCCAUGUAACAGAUAUAAAUGAUAAUCCACCGGAACUGCUUAUGUCAUCACUUACUAGCCCAAUUGCAGAAAACUCACCUGAGACAGUAGUAGCUGUUUUUAGGAUUAGAGACAGAGAUUCAGGGAACAAUGCAAAGAUGGUGUGCUCCAUCCAAGACCAUCUCCCCUUCGUCCUGAAGCCUUCAGUACAGAAUUUCUACACCCUGGUAACAGAGAGACCCCUGGACAGAGAGAGCCAG